ACUCCACCAUGUCGUACACAUUCUCAAUACUCUCACCUCUUGACGUUCCCCUUUUUACCCACGACUUUGGCACAUCCCGUAGCGGUGGAACUGGUGUUGCAAAUUAUACACCAGGCGAACGCGCCCUUGUUCCAUUCAUUCUACAUUCUGCGCUCGACAUAGUCGAAGAAGUACAAUGGGGUCCCUCCACGUCUAGCGGCUCCGCGCCAAUGUAUCUUAAGCACAUCGACAAGUACCAGAACUGCUAUGUAUCAUGCUGGAUAACAGGCGGGAACACACGCUUUCUGUUGCUGACGAGGCCACGCGAUGAAAGCCUCGGGCUUACAAGCGGAGGCGCUGGAGGUGUCAGAGGAAGCUUGGCUGGUGGACGAGCAGCACUUGGCGGAGGUGCUGGACUGUACAACCCUAGUAGUCCCGCGACCGAGGAGGCAGUCAAGAACUUCAUGGUCGAUGUGUAUGAGGCGUGGGUCAAGACUAUCAUGAACCCUUUUUUCGCGGUUGGAAAUGGAGAGGUGAUCAAGAGUCCAGUAUUCAGACAAAGGGUCGCUACUGCAGCAAAGAAAUAUCUAUAAAGAGCGACGAGUAAGAAAGAGAAGAGAGGAAAUUAAAUAUAGCUCUUACUAUGCUGUAACCGCUUGCAACACGUAUAGAGCGUAUAAUAAUUUAAGUAAGAGACCUUAGCUCGAGAUGGUGUAGAAGGAAAACCUCGAGAAUAAAUUCGUAAAAAGCCGGAAUCUACAGCCCAAUCGCUUCAGAAGCAGGGUGAAUAAGAUGCAUGAAGGCAGCCACUACGAAUGUUCGUAGAUGUUGAUGGAAAGCUAAUUUGUCUAAUACCACUGCUGAAUCUGUCCAUUUAUGCUGGGAGAACAGACGUCG